AUGUAUAAGGUCACACAAGAGUGCAUUAAUCCCAUUACAUUGCGGCCCCUCUUAUUCCCAGCAGGUGAUUGCUGGGCGUACGCAGUGGUGGCAGCGAUGGAGGCAGCCCACAGGAUCGCGAGCAACUGGGCGCAGCCCCCCGUGCUAUCGGUGGAGCAUCUGCGCCUCGCCCUCUCCUCCAACUGCGACGGUGGCUCGCCCACCAAGGCGCUGCAGUUCCUCCUCAACGUCACCGCGCAGGGCAAGGGCUUGCUCGAGGAGGCUGUGUACUCCCCAGGGCUGGCUCUUAGAAGGAGAUCGUUGGCGAGCACCAGGUACUACGGCAUCCGCGGCAUUGAGCGCACGGGGUUCUACGGGUGGUUUGGGCUCAUGCUGGCAGUGCAGCGCCAGCCUGUCAUUGUGCACAUCGAGGCGUCCGCACCCUCCUUUCAAGACUACGAUGGGAGAGGCAAGUACGCAGACGAGGAGUGUUUCAGCAACCACCUGAACCACGUGGUGCUGGUGGUGGGCUACCUCUCUGCGGGCUCCGACCCCUCCACCUCCGUGCCGCCGCCCUUCUGGAUCAUCCGCAACUCAUGGGGCACAGGGUGGGGCGACCAGGGCCACAUGCGCAUGGACAUUCGCAGUGGCGAUGGCAUCUGCGGCAUCAACACUCUCCCGGGCCUCUUCCCUGUCGUCAGAAGCAGUGCUGAUCCGUGUGGGUCACGCUCCUUCCAAUACAGCAUUCAAGGCCCCGCCUUCAACCCGUGUGGGCGGUUCAGCUGCAGCAAGAAGGGCACCAGCAAUCGCUGCAAGUGCACUGACGCCCGCUUUGCUCAACAUACGCUCCCCCUACACACCCCCAUGCCAUCCGUCCAUGCUCAUGUAUGCUUCCUCGCCGGCCCCAUUCUUCUUCUCUCGCCCUCAGUGGACGUGUGUGGGUCCAGCACUCGCAACCCGUGUGUGGUGGGCACGUGUGUGAACGAUGGCAAGGGCAGCUACUCCUGUGUGUGUCCCCCAGGGUUCAUCCAGGGCACCACCCUCGCCAACACCGCCUCCUGUGCUCCGGGGGAUGCAGGGGGGGUGUACACGGUGCGGCAGAGCAACGUGUGGUGCUCCCAUGUGCAUCCCAUAUUCGCCCUCACACUGGACCAGUUCCUGCAGCAGAACAAGGGCGACACGUGCACGGGGGUAGGGAGGCAGGUGGAGCUGUGUGGGGCGGCGGCGUCGGAUGCGGAGUGUGAGGCGGCAUUUCAGGCGCUCAACCCCGCUGUGGACUGCUCCUCCCUGAGGCCCUCCCAGGCCGUGUGCAUCGAGAGGGACCCCGGGGUGGCGAAUGUGACAGUGGUGUGCGACCAGUACUACCGGGCGCGCCUCAACGACACGUGCGACAGCAUCAGGCAGCUGGCCGAGCCUCCUCUCAGCCCCGUGGACUUCUACCGCCUCAACCCCGGCGUCAACUGCAACCAGCUCAUCCCCCUCAAGAAAUACUCUGGCUCCACCACCACAUUUGGUGCUGAGGUGGGGGGAGAGCGCCUUGGUGCUUGCAGUGUGGUGUUUGCAAUGUAUUGA